AUGGCCGCUCCAUCUUUCGACUCCUCAUGGAGCACUUUGAUCUCCACCUUCACAUCCAACCUCACCGUCGACACGAAUAAGAGCUACUCCCACCCAGCACUAGAAGGCAACUCUGCGGCUCUGAACAAGACGGUGGAUCAUACACUUCUGAAGCUUGAUGCAACAGAGGCGCAAUUCGAACAGCUAUAUGCCGAAGCGGCGGAAUUCGAUUUUGCGACCGUCUGUGUCCGACCACCACACGUAGCCAGUGCAGUCAAGGCUUUAGAAGGCACGGCCGUCGGUGUCGCAAGCGUAGUGGGCUUCCAUGAGGGAACAUACUCUACCGAGCAUAAACUGGCCGAGGCGAAAGAGAGUAUAGACGCUGGCGCCAGUGAAUUGGAUGUUGUGCUUAACUUUCCUCAGCUCAUUGCUGGAGAAUACGCGGCUGUAUGCACUGAGCUGCAAACCAUCCGCUCAACCACCAGAGGGACAACAUUGAAGCUCAUCCUCGAGACCUCUCAGCUGAAUCGCGAGCAGAUCAUCGCGGCUUGUGUGAUUGCUGGGUAUGCGGGUUUCGAUUUCGUCAAGACGAGUACUGGGUUCAAUGGUGCUGGAGCGAGCGAGGAGAAUGUACGGUUGAUGAAGGCUUGCUGCGAGCAGCUGCAUGCACAGGGUGUCGGAGAGAAGUUGAUGAAGGUCAAGGCGAGUGGUGGCGUACGCACGCUCAAUGAUGCGAAGAUCAUGCUCGGCGCCGGCGCGGAGAGACUAGGAACCAGUGGAGGUGUGACCAUCGCGAAGGAAGGAAAGGAGGGCAAGUCGAGUGCAGGGGGAAGCUCUUCGGCUGACUACUGA